GGUUGGGGCGCGUUGGCCGGUGCCCGGAGCGUUGGGGCGGCCUGAAGGGGCGGGGGGUUCCCAUUCUCCGCCUCCCCUUCUCAGCCUUUCCGUCUCCCCCGCCUUCUCUUUCUCACCUCCCCCGGCGGGCGUGGCGGAGCAGGGGGCGAGCUGCCCCCCCCAAGGCUCCUGUCGGCCGGGGCUUGAACCCUCCGCGUUUCCCGGGCCCCACAGGCGCAGGGGGCUCCCCUGAGGGAGGUUCAGGCCGCAGAGAGCCCAGCCCGAGUGUUGGCAGUCAUGUCAGGAUCGGCCCCAGAGGAGCCUCAGACUUCUAUUCCUCAGAGCACAGCUUGUGUUCCCGACCCCGCUCCCGUUGCUGUCGGACCCGGAGGCUCAAGUGACGUUGCCUUUGGUGAGCACAAUCUUAGCUUCACCACCACGGACGUCAGCCUGGUGGAGAUGAUGGAAAUUGAGUAUACGCAGCUGCAGCACAUACUUUACUCACAUACGGAAGCACAAGCUAGUGAAGGUGAAGUGGAAACUAGGCUUAAUUCUUUCUCCUCCCUUGGUAAUUCUGCAGACUCCUCUCUGCACCAGAGCUCGGUGGAUGCCAGUCAGGAGGGGUGUUCAUCAAACAGCUCUGGGAGCCAGGCGGUUUACCCGGUUAUCUGUCAGUCGGGAUUACCCUCUGACAGCAGUUUGCUAAGUUCAAACCCACGUUUAGGCUACGCUGACUUUCAGGAGCUCAGAAUGAUGUUACUUAGCGAGUCGAACCUCCCUUUGAACCAAACAGAUAAAACGCCCAACAGUGGCUCUGUAGAAGUCCCAGGACGCAGUUUAGUAAAAGUUAAACAUGGUGAAAAUUUUGGUGGGACGAAUAAAGGAAACAUACUUGUUGAAAAUUCGGCACUGGCGCCAGAGCCUAGAUCUAAAUCUGCAGUCAGAGUUCGGUUGGAAGACAGAUUCAACAGCAUCCAGACAGAAAACCCCAGAUGUCAAGAACCCCAAGAAUCUGGAGUAACUCUUAACAAUUUAGUAACAUUGAUUCGGCAGCCGUCAGAACUGAUCGGUGUUCCUGUUCAUCAGCAAGAGAACAAGUGUCCUGCGCUAGGGAAAAAUAAGACUGCACCUGCCACCCCUUCUUUACAGUUCACAUACCCGUUAUUUACUAUGAACACGUGUUCUACUGCUGGAGGUGCUAAUCCUCCGCAAACACAGACCUCUGGAACAUCUUGCACUAUUUUGGAAGCUGCCAAACAUCAGGACCUGGGGAUUCCCAAGACAUUCUCUUUCUGCUAUCAGGAAAUUGAAUCCACAAAACAGACAGUAGGUGCUAUGAAUAAAGCUUUGCCUGAGGAAGUCUGGAUUAAAGUUGGAGAAGACACCUUAUGCAAGCAAGCAAUAAACAGAAGAAGUUGCAGCCGAAUAAACCCGUCGGAUACAAACGUAGAUCGCAAACCUCUUAGUGAAAUUCAGAAUAUGUGCGAUGACAGCCAGAGCUCUGUGUCUGCCCAGGGAACCUGGCCCGCGGCACAGCCCGGGGCGAGCGUGCAGAUGCAGAGUGUGACGCAGGACGGGGUCGCCCAGCGAAGGGAAAGACACAACCGCAUGGAGAGGGACAGGAGGCGCAGAAUCCGGAUUUGUUGUGAUGAGCUGAAUCUCCUGGUCCCGUUCUGUACUGUCGACACUGAUAAAGCAACAACUUUACAAUGGACAACCGCGUUUCUGAAGUACAUUCAGGAAAGGCACGGCGACUCUCUGAAACAGGAAUUUGAGACUGUGUUCUGUGGUAAAACAGGCAGGAGACUAAAAACAGCAAGAUCAGACUCAUUUGUAACGUGUCCAGUGCAGGAAAACACGCACAGCUAUGGAGACCAAGUAGUCUGAACUGCCCGCCUUGAAGAGUAUGCAAGUGUGGCUUAAUUAACAAAGGCCUAAAUAUUUUAUUUUACGUGCUGAAUAUGAAUUUCAAAAAUAGAACUUGUAAAAAAUAUAUAAAUAGAGCUUUAAAGAAAACAUAUUCUUUAUUCAAAAUGGAAAUGAAAGUUAACUACCAGCAAUAGCAAUCAGUGCUCUGUUAAAAGGGCUUUGAGGCCAGAAGCUGCAAGAAAAUGUCAUGACAGCCAAGUAUUUUUCCCUUUUAGUUAUUACAAAUAUAUUCAGGUUUUUUUUUGUGGGCUUUUACUUUGUUGUUGUUGUGUGAGGUUUUGGUUUGUUUUUUUUUAAAGAUCUAAUACAGUUGUAGAAUAGUUGUAGAACGUCAGUCCUGUUAUUUUAAUGACUAGAUGCAAAUGUAAUUUUCAAGUGUAAAAAGAAAUUUAAGUUAGCCUACUAUUAUAAUGCCCUUUUUUUUCCGUUAAAAAUGUAAAUGUUAUAUUGGUUAAGUGCAUAGUUUCUAAACUGUGCUGAUCUUAUGAAGUUCAUGUGCCGUACAUAUUUUAACGUACUUGGCCCCGAAGAGCAAUACCAUGGUGUUAGCAUUUAUUUUAAAUACAGUGCUGUUUUUAAUGUCUGUCACACAACUGUCCAAGAGUUUCUUGUGUUGUUACUUUAAUCCAAGAGUGGCAUAUUGUAAACAGAUUAUUUAAAUGCAUAAACUAUUUUCAUAUUUAAA